UCAUCUACUCUUCGCUUUCCCUUUUAUCUUAUUCAUAUCUUACCCUUUACAUCAAUCUCUCCGUUUGAAAAGAUGGCCGGCGGAGGUAUCACCACCCGGGGCAAAGACUACCCCGGUAACCUCACUUUCAAUGUUUUCAUGACAUGCAUUGUUGCCGCCUCCGGUGGUUUAAUCUUCGGUUAUGAUCUCGGCAUCUCAGGUGGAGUUACGUCCAUGGAUUCAUUCUUGAAAGAGUUCUUCCCUUCCGUUUACAAGAAGGAAUCAUCAGUGAAACCAUCGGACGAUCAAUACUGCAAGUUCGACAGCCAGAUACUGACCCUGUUCACAUCGUCAUUGUAUUUGGCAGCUCUUGCUUCUUCUGUAGUCUCAUCUUCCAUAACAAGAAAGUGUGGAAGGAGGGUCACAAUGAUGUUCGGAGGACUACUCUUCGGCGCCGGUGCGCUUCUUAACGCCUUUUCCAAAGCCGUCUGGAUGCUUAUCAUCGGUCGGAUGUUACUCGGCUUUGGUAUUGGUUGCGCUAAUCAGUCUGUUCCGAUCUAUGUAUCGGAGAUGGCACCGUUCAGAUACAGAGGUGCCCUGAACAUGAUGUUUCAAUUGUCGAUCACUAUCGGCAUCCUCGCCGCCAAUCUCUUGAACUAUUACUUUUCACAGAUUAAAGGCGGUUGGGGCUGGCGUUUAAGUUUGGGUGGAGCCUUCGUCCCUGCCGCAAUUAUCUUCUUGGGUUCAUUUCUUCUCUCCGAUACACCCAACUCCUUGAUCGAACGCGACCGCCUUGACGAAGCCAAGGUUUUGCUGAAGAAGGUACGCGGUGUUCCCAACGUCGACGAAGAGUUCAAUGACUUGGUAGCGGCCAGUGAAGCAUCGAAGCAGGUUAAACACCCUUGGGCAACUCUCUUUUCCAGGAAAUACAGGCCCCAACUCACAUUUGCCUUCGCCAUCCCCGGAUUCCAGCAGCUAACCGGAAUGAACGUGUUCGUCUUCUACUGUCCAGUCCUGUUCAAGAGCAUGGGGUUUGGCAACAACGCCGCCCUCUUGUCCUCCGUGAUCACCAGCAUCGUCAAUGCAGUUGCAACCCUGGUUUCCAUAAUGACAGUUGAUAAGAUUGGACGAAGGAAACUCUUCAUUGAAGGCGGAAUUCAAAUGUUUACUUGUCAGGUUAUCAUUACUGCUGCAAUCGCGUGGAAAUUUGGUGUAAGCGGUAACCCUGGUGUUCUACCCAAGUGGUUCGCAACAUUAAUGGUGGUUGCCAUGUGUGUAUACAUAGCCGGUUUUGCGUGGUCAUGGGGUCCAUUGGGGUGGCUGAUUCCCAGUGAAAUCUUCCCCUUGGAGGUCCGUUCUGCUGCACAGAGCAUCAAUGUUUCCGUGAACAUGAUCUUCACUGCCGCCAUUGCACAAGUCUUCACCGCCAUGCUUUGCCACUUGAAGUUUGGUCUGUUCAUCUUCUUUGCAUUUUGGGUGCUUGUCAUGACAUGGUUCAUCAACAAGUAUCUACCAGAGACAAAGGGAGUGCCAAUUGAAGAAAUGACCAUUGUGUGGAAGGAGCACAAGCACUGGAGCAAGUACUUUGUAGAAAAACAUGACUCCGAGGUGGCUAUGAAGGCAACAUCAUUGAGCCACUGAAAUUGCGAGGACUCCAAUUUUGCGCAUAAUCCUUUCCUUUGAUUUUAUUUAGGAUGAGUUUGGUUGGAUGUUCCUGAGUCUACCUACAUGGAAUUUUCUUUCCCUUUUUCUUUGAGACUAUCUCUUCCAUAAAAUUUAUUUCUUGUUUUGUUCAUAUUGUUAGUUUCCAUUUUGGUUCUGCAUCUGUGUAUGCCGUAUGGCCCCCCCUUUUUCUUUUUCUUUUUCUUUUUUUAAAUGAAUGAUAAAUAUCUUC